GCUCCAGGAAUGCUAUUCUUUCCCACCCAUCCGCUCUUGGAUACGUACCACCACCAUCCCAUAGGACGCACACAAUCUCUCUUCCGCAAUGUCAACUGAAGUUGCUACCCCUGCUACCAUCGAAGUCAACGAUGCGUAUUUCUGCACUCAUUUCAAGGAAGUGUGUGCGGUCUGUGGGUACGAUGGAAGAGAGGAGAAUGAUGCGUUCUUUGGAUUUGAUCCCAUCGACCGCGAGGGCAUCGAAUGUCCCCCAGCCAUCAUCAACAAAGAUGGCGUCUAUCAGUGCAAGAAGCAUGCCUUAACAGGUUGUAACCAGUGCUACGGAUGGAAGAAGCAGAUUAAUCGGGCGAGGACGGCAGCAAAGAAGGCUGGCAAGAAGUAAAGCGAAUGAGUUGCCGUGGCACGAGGACCUUGAUGUAACGUUGUCGCCUUGGUGGGACAAUUGCGGAAGUCUCAGAACUUACACUUUCGCACCAACGUGCAAAUCUACACAUGAAUCUCCGUAGAGAAACGAAUUCUAAGCAGUCUAUAGUUCAAUAAGACGACUAUGUGAUGGAAAA